AUGUUACUCGUUGUGUACACCUUGGAAUUCCAAAAAUGGGGUUUGCCGCAUGCACAUAUAUGUCUAUUCUUCGAAGAAACCAACAAAAUAAGAACCCCAGAAGAUAUCGAUCGUGUUAUAUCAGCUGAAAUUCCAGAUGAAGAAGUGGAUAGUGAGUUACAUCAUCUUGUGUCUGAAUUUAUGAUACACGGACCAUGCGGAAAGGACGGCCCAUCAAACACCUGUAUGAAAGACAAAAAAUGCUCAAAACACUUUCCAAAAGAGAUUACAGAAUCAACUCGCAUAGACGGGAAAGGAUAUCCAGUGUAUAGAAGAAGAAAAACCGGAGUGACUGUUGAAAAAAACGGAGUUCCAUUGGAUAACAGGUAUGUCGUGGGUUACAAUCCGAUACUCAUCAAGCUGUAUCAAGCACACAUGAAUAUCGAAUGGUGUAACCAACUCGGAGCAAUCAAAUAUCUGUUUAAAUAUAUCAACAAGGGACCAGACAGAAUAACAGUCGGCUUUCCAAAGAAAAACGGAAAUGGCGACAAGGAAAACCAAACAAUACAUGAAGACGAGAUCGCAGGUUACUAUGAUUGUCGUUACAUCUUUGCAUGUAAAGCAGCAUGGAGAUUAUUUGGUUUUGACAUCCACUAUCAGACACCGACCGUUCAGAGAUUAUCCUUCCACAUUAAAGACCGGAAACCAAUCCUCUUUGAUCAACAUGAGGAAAUUGCUGAUGUUGUCACAAAGCAUACAGUCAAACAAUCCUAG